GCAGCCAGAUCUAGAUCGGCUGCAAAAGCGGCGAUCGUGAGCACGACAUCGCCCCCAGCCAUGGUGAACUCGGCGGAGCCGUCGCCUGCGGCUUUCCCAUCGGAUCGCACCAAGGAAGGUGGGGCUAGGGGGGCAGGUGACGGAGCCGCGGAGGUAGAUCCAACACCGUCGAGUGCCCACCGAGGGAGGCUGGUGUCACUGCCAUCAAUGCUCAAGCCAUGGGGGAGUCAACGGCGGCUGCGGUGCGUUCCCGUCAACCGCCAUGGCAAAAUUAUUGCCUCGGACACGGGUUCCUCCUCAAAUCAGCAAUAUGAUGUCAACGAGAGGCUACAGCUUGGCCUUGGCAAGGUGGCAGAGCCAUCAGGCACCGGCAACCCCGUAGUCGACAAGUACCCUGAGGUCACCGAGGCGGUUUCUCCACAGCCGUUGAAGGCACGCCCUGGUCGCCCACGUCGACUUGCGAUGCCAUCCCUCAUGGCCACGACCGCUGCGAGCGCGUUGCAGCAGGCGUUUGAGUGCGAGCGGCGGUCGGUCCGCGCGGAUGCGCUCAAGAGGCCGCGGUUCUCCGUAUCACUCUCCGUGAGAGAGAUUGAGGAAGACAUCUACGGCCUCACCGGUGCACUCCCGCGUAGCCACCCUCGCGGUCGGCCCCGCAAAGUGCAAAAGCAGAUCGAUCUGCUAUUUCCUGGCGCGUGGUUAUCACAGAUCAACAUGGAGUCCUACCGGGUGCCGGACAAUCACUGACCCUGUCAACUCAACAAGCGCCUCCACCCGACAGUAAGCAAG